AGGAAAAAAACAGUGCUGUCAUUGCGAGAUAAAACGCAGUAAAAACACGUCAAAUCACUGCAAAAUUCCUCUUGUCCGCCUGCUUGAAUUUUGCUCAAAUUCCGUUUAUCCUGCGAUUGUGUGCGUGGAAAUUGUGGGAAAAGUCAGCGAGCGAGAGGGCAAUAGAUAAGGUUCACUUUUCCGUGGGCUGAAGGCAGACCUGUGAGGUGGUGAUACUCAAUUAAUUUCCCGGAAAGAAUCUUCUCUCGGUGCAGAUAAACAGGAGGCGCCUUCCCGCUCGGCAAGAUGGCAGCUUUUGUGGCGAAACAAAUGGUGGGGAAUAAGCUGAGCGCCGUCAAAGGCGCAGUGGGUGGAGAUGGUGGCGAUGAUGGUGACGACAAGGAGAAGGCUGAGGAGGAGGAGAGAGAGCGUCAGGAGGCCAUCCGAGAGGCCGAGGAGCGACGCAAGGAGAAGCACCGGAAGAUGGAGGAGGAGCGCGAGAAGAUGCGACAAGAAAUCAGAGAUAAGUAUAACAUAAAGAAGAAAGAGGAGCCUGUCGAGUUGGUGCAGGAGGAACCAAAUCCACUGAUGCGCAAGAAGAAGACACCUGAAGAACUCGCCGCAGAAGCCGAACAGGAGGAUCUGGACGACUUCACAAAACUGAAAAACUCAAUAGAAACACAAGUGAGUGAGAUCAAGUCGCAAAUAGAGAGCAAAUGCGUUAUGCAGUGAUAUGCUGGUCGUCAGUAACAGAAAAUGGAUUUGUGAUUUCGACGGUGAAUGGGCUGAAUAUGAUCACAUGAUAGGCAUUCUUAGUUGUUCGCGGCAAGUUGGCUAAAUUUAGUCCACGUAGGGAAAAAAAUCACAUACCUAUUGAAGAAAUUAUACCUUUAAAGUGAAGAAGAAAAAUGAGAGAGAGAAAAGUGUAGAUAAAAAUUCAUCCCCCAAGAGAUAGAAGACGAAUAUUAGGAACAACUUACGAGAUGAUAUGGCAAGUUGAUGACGAAACGAAUAGAAACUAUGCGGAUAUUAUGGAACAUCCAGCAAGAGAAGUAAUAAUAAAGAGAGAAAAAAAAAUAUGUAAGCAAAAAAAGCACUGUAGAAAUAUAAAUAACAAGAGAGAAAUUUAUUUUUCCUUAUGGCUGUUUAGCAGAGAAAAAAAAAUAAUGAGAAAUGGGAGAAGGAGAGUAAAAAAAAAGUAGCAUUUUAAAGUAAAAUCACAUGAAAAGAGGAUUCACGAAGGAAUGUCGUAGGAAAUGAACAUUGAAAUUAUUCGAGUUGGUUUGUCUCCUCCAAAUUAGUUCACCGCCUGAGUGUAUCAUUUCCUUAAGCAAAUAAAUACCGAGAGCCAGCAAUCCUGGAGAUGGCAAAUAAGGAGGACAAUUUCGACAGAGAACGUAAAUAAAAUAAUUUUCCAUAAUAUAUAGAAAAUAGCGGAAUACACUUCUGAAAUGCUGAGUAAAUAAAAUAGCCUGCAAGAAAACAUGCAAAAGAAGAAGAAGAAAAUAUAUUUUAGAGCAUAAUGAAAAUGAACACUUUUUCCUUUUACCAUUUUAGAGAGAGAUGAUCUUCAUUUGAAUUGAUAGCCAUUUUAUUGGAUAACUGGAAAAAAAAGAGAUUGAAUAGUGAAAAAAAAUAAAUCUGCUUUACAAGCGUAUGUGAUACAUUCGAAUUCAAUAUUUGAUAAAGAAAAAAAAAUUAGAAAUAUAAGGCAAAAUACACAAGAUAGAACUGAGAUUUUGGCGGGAAAUACUCUCACUCACAUGAAGUGAAUCAUGUGAUACUCCUCACGUGCCUGGUGACAGUUUUCCCGCUGAAAGUCACCAUCGAUCGAGCCAAUUUGAGAUUGAUCAACAAGCAAAAUAUCAGCUGAAAACAUGUGAACAACAAACAUUUUACACCACAAACACAACAGAGAAACACUUUCUUUGCCAAGCUCUAGAUGGGAGAAAAAAUAAUUGGAGUUCAUGGUGAAAAUUCCUAUAUAGAAAAAGCACCUCUCUGAAAUACACACACACACAACACAAGAAAGCUUCACACUUUUACGCUAUGAGCUUCACAAGCAGCGCUCUGACAGUGCUUUUUUCAACAGUUUUAGUUCAAAUGUAGCGCUGCUUGGCCUGAAAUCCGCCCCCAUUUCAUUAUGGUUGCGGAAAGCUCAAAUGAUUUAAUGUCUAUAUAAUUGAAUUUAAGUGUGAAAGAGAAAAUGUUCAUCCAAAUUCCUGAAAAACACAUCACACUAUAUAACUUAAAACUUCUCUUGACAGACACAGUGUUUGCUUAUUAAAUGUGCGCUGUUGCAUCUCGCUGUAAACUCUGUAUUAGAGAACAAUUGGAUCUCUGCAGAUCACUGUGGAGAUGACUUUGGGGAACGGAGAGUGUGUAUGUGUUAAAAAAGAAAAGAAACUGGAACGGAAGGAAAAAGUGUGAUAAAGCGCGGUGUCUCAGUUGGAUGCUUACGAGGUCUCUUAAUUGCUGUAUGUGAGAAUUUUCACUCUGCUUUUCUCGCGCUGUUUUUUGCAUAAUACCAGCCCAGAAGUGGGGAGGAGAAGCAGCACAAAAAAUGAGACACCGUGAGGAAAAGCUGCGCUGGAAAAAGCUCUGCAUGAUGUGCAGGCACAAGUUUAGAUGGGUAGAGAGACGUUUUAGCAAUUGUUGUAGCAAAUUUCUGCAUGCUCUUUGUCUUUUCGUCUCACUUGUCUAUCUCUUGAUGUCGUAACAUUUCCAUAUUUUCAAUGUUACACCCAUGGAAUAAAAUAGCGUUUAAGCAGGGGGGGGCAAAAGGACACGAUAAACAACAAACUGCUACCAAUUCAGUGUGACAACUUUACAUAUUAAAAGAAAAAAAUGCGGAGGGAAACAAAGAUGGUAAAAGUCCUCUACACCAUCAUUUGAAUAAUGUCCAGCAAUUUAUUUUACAUGUAUGAUGUUUUACUUAUACUUUUACGACCAUCCAUCUAUCUCUGUGUGUGCAUGAAUUAUCUUCGUCCCAGAAUUUUGUAACAAUCAUUUGUCGGCAUUGGAGGAAGAAAUUGCAGAAGCUUCUGCCAAGAUAUAAUCAUGAAAUAUGGCGAUGGCAGAAACUUUAAUGGGCGACUUGGAAGAAAAUGCCUCCAAAAUUUCUCUCUCUUUGCGUUUCUCGCCAACAAGAAAUUAAUGGGAAGGAAAGAUUUUUUUUUAUUACAUUUUCCCUCCCCAUGAUGGACUAAAGGGUUAAUUUAAGGUUUUGGGGAAAUGAAGGAGGAAAAGCUCUGCAAGAAGAUGGUAAAGAAACACUCCAACAAAACCGGAAACUCACCAUAAGCUUUUACUUUAUGAGGGAAAUUAACGAGAUAUUUAUUAGAGGAGUGAAAAAUUAUUAUGAGGAAGGAUCAUUAAAGAAAGAAAAAAGAAAUUCCCUAUUUUAAGGAAAAGAAGAUAGCAAAAAAAAACCAACAAUAUUUACGUCAAUUAAAAAAAAGGAAUAGAGCAAAAACAUCCAUCUAAUUGAUAUAUUUUGUCGAUACAGAGAGGAAUGAGAAUUUAUUUACUGACGAUGGAAGGAUAUAUCAUUGAACCACACGAGGAAUAUUAAAGAAAAUAACUAAAUGAAUAAAAGGGAAUAUCAAUAAAUGAAGAGUAGAGCAAAAAAAGAGAAUCAUAUUUACAAGAUUUCGUGUUAUUUUCCUAUAUUAUCUUACUAUAAUGUAAAGAAGAAGAGAAAUGAAUUGUAUUCUAACAUAGUACGUAUAUAUUUGAGAUUCUAACACCCCGUCGAUUUAUAGCAAUUCCCCAAUUUAAGCAUUGAUUGGGGGCAUCCAAGCUUCAUCCCCUAAGAAUCAUUUGUGUUGAAGAGCAAAUUCAGACAACUUUCAGACCUUUUUGUAUAGAAAAAUCUCUCUCGCGCUUCUCAGUGUCUAAAAACUUAGUGACUCUAGAACUUGAGGUUCAAUAUCAACAAAGACUUCUUCAGCUGUUUCACCGAACUUUCAAGAGGCAUUAGCAAUGUAAGAUGAAGAAGAAGAAAAAAACACUACAAGUAUUCAACUCUUGAUCACUUUUUGAAAAUCAUAAACAAUCAAUGUUUAUUCAAUUCAGACACCAUUUGUACUGUAUUUUUAAGCUCUCAUUUGUUCUGAAAUAUGAUUUUUCAUCAAUGAAAAAGCAUCUCUAUGAAGAACACUUGAAAAGUUCAUGUGAGUGAAAUAAUAAUUUUGAAUGAAUAAACAAUAAUGAAACAAUAACAAAAAAUACUGCGUUCACUGUAGUUGAUAGUGGAAAAAUAAUAAAUAUUAACUUGUAAUAUUGCGGCAUUGUCGAGAGGAUGGAAGCAUUUUAUCGGGGGGAAAAAAAAUAAUAAAAUUUUAAUCAAUGCAAACAAUUUUUCCUCUUUGAUAAACUGAAACAUGUUUGAAAAUGAUAAAAUAUGGACUGGAAAAUAUUCGUCGAUGAGGGAUUAUAUAUUGAUUAUAUCGUAGAGGAGUUACGGUUUUUUUUAGUAAAUUGUAAUGAGGGCUGUUUAAUCGUUUUUUUCCACCGCUUGUAUAAUGAAAAACAGUGUGAUGUUUAAAUUUAACAUGACAAUUCCUAUUACACGCGGAAAAACCAUCGUGAAUUUGCAAUUUAAUUGGCUAAAUUAGCAUCUCUUGAUGUCUCCUUUUUCCUUAUGAGUCACGAGACGUGGUGCUAAAAAGCACUCUCAUUGUGUGGUCGUUGCAUAAUGUUGGGAUGAUUGAUUGCACGGUGCUGAAGUGUAAUCAAUUGCCACGCUCUAGAGCAAAUGAUUGGUGUCAAAUUCUCUUUAGAUCAUACAUAUUGCAUAAUUGUAAAUGUACUCUAAGUGUCGUUCUCUCUUCCCGAUCCUCCUUCACCUUCUAUCUCGCUCUCUCUCUCUGUCUCUCUCUCUCUUUGUCUCUUCCUUUUGCGCGCCAAAAUAGAGCUGCCAACUCACAGGCAUGCAGAUUCAGUGUGCAUCUUUCGCUGUGUGUCUUCUUCUCUGCAAAAUUGAUUGCAUCCUCCUUUCUAUGGCUUUCUUCACUUCUCUUGUGUCUUCUCUACCCUCCAACAUCUUAAAUGUUAAUCUAUGAAAUAUUCAAUAUUACGGAGAGCAUUUGAGAUUCACUCUUUGUCUCCUGUGAAAUUGCAUUAAAGUUUCAAGGAGAAAAAAAGUAUGAGAGACAAAUUUUUAUCGAUAUAUAAAGCUAUCUUCGCUAGCUGCACAACUUCUUCCAACACUUUUCACUCACCAUUUUCCCCCUCAUGACCCUUUUCCCAAACCCUCCCCCUCUUUAUGUGAAUGGCAACAUUUUUAUGCAAUGGCAAAUGCGCCACAAAACACUCCUUUGAGACAAAAAAAAUACACACGAAUAUCGUUAAAUCUUCAGUGUUAUUGAAAGGAUAUAAAUUAAUAAUGUAUAAUUAUAUAUCAACGAAAUUGGAAUUUGGGUGGAACAAAAUCGGUGUUUUGGUAAAAUAAAAAAAAUUUCCCUUUCUUUUCCAUGCACUUUUUCCAAAUACAAUUUUUCUCUAAAUGUGGCAUGUUUUAUUGAUAAAUUGUAUAACACACAGAAUUUUACGUAAAAAAAAGAGAGAACUUACAGAAUAUGAAUGGAUAAAAAUGGGAGGAAGAAAAUCAACAUGAAAUACACUCAUUGAUUGCGAUAAUUUUUUGAGAAUAUACUUGAGAAGAGAAUCCACUGCCUUAUAAAGAAAAAUUAGAGACAUGAUGAUGAAAAUGUGUAAGUAAUAAUUAAAUCUUAAAAAAAAGAAAAGAA